AUGGGGGAGUCUAUCGCCUACGACAACGCCUUUACGGGUGUCCUGCUACAGGCACGGGAGCUUUGGAGACACCCAGAUCCCGCCUCGACGCCCAUGUGGCGCUUCCUGCAGACGGUGAACCAGAAGCACGGCCUGCAGCUGACGGGAUAUCCCGACCUGUACAAGUGGUCCAUCGACAACGUCGCCCAGUUCUGGGACGAGGUGUGGCAGUUUGUCGGCAUUGUCUCGUCCCAGCCAUAUACACAGGUCCUGCCGCCCGAUGCGCCCAUGUUCCCUCGUCCCGACUUCUUCUCCGACGCUCGCCUCAACUUUGCCGAAAACCUCCUCUUCCCUCCCACCGCCGAGCCGCUCGACCCUUCUUCCACCGCCGUCAUCACCACCACGGAGCUGCCCGGCGACCUGCGCUCCACCACCUGGGCCGAGCUGCGCGAGUCUGUCCGCCGGUGCGCCAAUGCCUUGCGAGCCGGCGGCCUGAAGCCCCACGACAUUGUCGCCGGAUACGUAUCCAACCAUGUCGAGGCCUUGGUGGCGAUGCUGGCAGCCGCUUCGCUCGGCGCGAUAUGGACGGGCAUCAGCCCUGACAGCGGCGUCUCGGCCGUGUUGGACCGGCUGAGCCAGAUCGGGCCGCGCAUCCUGUUUGCCGACAACGGGACGGUGUACAAUGGCAAGCAGUGGUCGAGCACGUCCAAGACGACGGAUAUUGUCGCGGAGCUCAGCAAGAUGGGCUUGCAAAAGGUCAUCGUCAUCAACAACAUCCAAGGCGACCUCGCCAUGGACGACAUCCGCGCCCACGGCGUCGAGGCCAUCGACUACGAAAGCUUCCUUUCCGGCGCAUCGCCAGAUCCUCUCCGAUUCGAGCAGCUGCCGCCGUCACAUCCACUCUACAUCCUCUACUCCAGCGGCACCACGGGCCUCCCCAAGGCCAUUGUCCACACUGCGCUGGGAACGCUGAUCCAGCACAAGAAGGAGCACAUGCUGCACUGCUCCCUGACCUCCUCGUCGAGCAUGCUCUACUACACGACUACGUCCUGGAUGAUGUGGCAUUGGAGCGUCGGCGCGCUUGCCGUGGGAGCCAAGCUGAUCCUGUACUCGGGAUCGCCCUUCCGACCAAACUCGUACAUGUCCAUCCCCCGCGUGCUGUCAGACCUCAGAGUGACCCAUUUCGGCACCUCGGCAGCCUACCUCACAGCCCUGGAGGCCAACGGCGUCUAUCCUGUCCGCAAUUCCAGCAUUGAUCUGUCUCAUCUCGAAGCCAUUUACUCCACGGCGUCACCGCUACCGCCAUCCACUUUUUCUUUCGUCUACGAAGCCUUCCCCAAGACCAUCAACCUUGCCUCCAUCACCGGCGGCACCGACAUCAUCUCCCUAUUCGGCGCCCCCUGCCCGCUCCUCCCCGUCCGCGUCGGAGAGAUUCAGUGUGCCGGCCUCGGAAUGGCCAUCAAGGCCGUCGACUCUGUCACGGGCGAGGACAUUCCCGCGGGAGAGCCCGGCGACCUGGUCUGCGUCAAGCCGUUCCCCUGCCAGCCCCUGACCUUUUUCGGCCCCAAGGGCGACGACAAGUACAAGGCCGCCUACUUUGAGCGGUUCGAGGGCAUCUGCGGCGUCAAGGGUCCGGUGUGGCACCACGGCGACUUUGUCAAGAUCGCCGACCCCAAGACGGGCGGGCUCCUCAUGCUGGGCAGAUCCGACGGCGUCUUGAAGCCGGCUGGCGUGCGGUUCGGCUCAGCCGAGAUUUACAACAUCCUCAUCCGGUUCUUUGCUGCCGAGGUGGAAGACGCCGUGUGCGUUGGGCGGAGGAGACCCACGGACACGGACGAGACGGUGUGCUUGUUCGUCGUCAUGACGCCAGGCCGCGAAUUCAACGACGACCUACGGAACCGAAUCAAGCAGAAGAUCAAGAGCGAGCUCAGCCCGCGUCACGUCCCGGGCAUAGUGGAGGAAUGCGGAGGGGGCAUUCCCAAGACGGGCAACGGCAAGAAGAUCGAAGUUGCCGUGAAGCAGAUUCUUUCCGGCAUGAGCGUCAAGACAAACGCCAGCGUCGCGAAUCCCGAGGCCCUGGAAUGGUUCAAGGAGUGGGCAAAGACACAUUCAUGA